GGUGAGGCCCUCUGCACUUUCCGCUCUAAACUUCCAAGCGCUCUCUUGUUCCCCACCAGCGUCCAGCUGCCCUCCAGGGUCCCAGCCUCUAGCCUCCCAGGCCAUCAUGACUUCCUACAGCUACCGCCAGUCGUCCUCCACCUCCACCCUGGGGCUGGGGGGCAACAACGCUGUGCGCUUCGGAAGCGGGGCUGCGUUCCGGGCGCCCAGCAUCCACGGAGGCUCGGGAGGCCUGGGCGUGUCCGUGUCCCGCUUUGCCUCUUCGGGCCUGAGUGGGAGCUACGGGGGCGGAAGCAGCAGUUUCAGCUUGGGCUAUGGGGGAGCCGACGGGCUUCUGGCGGGCAACGAGAAGAGCACCAUGCAGAACCUCAACGACCGUCUGGCCUCCUACCUGGACAAGGUGCGUGCCCUGGAGGAGGCCAACACUGACCUGGAGGUCAAGAUCCGGGAUUGGUACCAGAAACAGGGUCCUGGACCCGCCCGAGACUAUAGCGCCUACAUGAAGACUAUCGAGGACCUCCGAGAUAAGAUUCUUGGUGCCACCAUCGAGAACUCGAAGAUUGUUCUGCAAAUUGACAAUGCCCGGCUGGCUGCGGAUGACUUCCGAACCAAGUUUGAGACUGAGCAGGCCCUGCGUCUCAGUGUGGAGGCUGACAUCAAUGGCCUGCGCAGGGUGCUAGAUGAGCUGACCCUGUCCAGGGCUGACCUGGAGAUGCAGAUUGAAGGACUGAAGGAGGAGCUGGCCUACCUCAAGAAGAACCAUGAAGAGGAAAUGAGUGCUCUGAGUGGGCAGGUGGGUGGCCAGGUUAGUGUGGAGGUGGACUCAGCGCCAGGCAUCGACUUGGCCAAGAUCCUGACGGAUAUGAGAAGCCAAUAUGAGGCCAUGGUUGAGAAGAACAGGAGUGAUGCCGAAGCUUGGUUCACCAACAAGACAGAGGAGCUGAACCGAGAAGUAGCCGUCCACACGGAACAGCUCCAGACCAGUAAGACUGAAGUCACCGACCUCCGGCGGACCCUUCAGGGGCUAGAGAUCGAGCUGCAGUCUCAGCUCAGCAUGAAAGCUGCUCUUGAAGGCACGCUGGCAGAAACAGAGGCCCGUUAUGGGGCCCAGCUGUCACAGAUACAGGCUGUCAUCAGCAGCAUCGAGGCCCAGUUGAGUGACAUCCGAGCCGACACAGAACGCCAGAACCAAGAAUACCUGCUCCUCAUGGAUAUCAAGAGUCGUCUGGAGCGGGAGAUUGCUACCUACCGCAGCCUCCUGGAGGGCCAUGAUUCCCAUGAUAACAGUGCACCUACAGCCCCCAAAGCCCUCUGAGUCACAGGAGGCUCCUGGGCAUGGAGAGUCCUGGUUACAGGGCCCUCUGAAGAGGGGUGAGGAAGCAGCCAAGUGAGGGCUUCCACAUUAGAGCAUGUCUGGGUGGGAGAGGGUAGCACCCUGGAUGUAUUCCCAUAUCUCCCCUAAUAAAACUUCUGACCUUAAGGAAA